AUGCCGGUGCCGUCCUCCGGGAGUGAGGGUUCUGCGGCUUCUAGCGACUGGGGAUUCUCGGGGCCUGUGAAAGGGUUUCCUUCGGCUCAAACAGCACCUCUAUCAGCUCUCGACGUUGCAGCACCAGCGGAACAGAGUCCCGUCCAGGGGGAGAAAUGGGAAGCGUUGUACGCGUCAGUGCAGGACGCGGUUCUCAUGUAUAACGCGCAGUUCGUCUCCGCGCUGGCGGAUGGUUUCCCGCCCGCUGCUGACGUCAUGACGUCGCUGGACGAAACCCUGCAGGACCUGGCGAAAGACGUCUACGUGGCAUUGGAUAAGAUGGACGAGGACGAUCUGACGGUUCUGGAGCAGCUGCUGGAGGAGGCGGGGGACGAGAUUCAGGGCGUGUUCCUAAACUGCAAGGGGUCACUGUACGGUCUUGGUGUCACCCAUGCUCGUUCCCUCGCCCGCUUCUCUAUCCUGGGGAAGGCGCUUAAAGCAGCAAUAGAGGGAGCAACGGAAGCGAGUUUCACUGUGGUAAGGGAUGGACGGGAGCUGAGCUUGACAGCUGACAGCAAGGCAGGGACACCAACAGCAGCAGCAGCAGCAGCAGCAGAAGCAGCAGCAGAAACACCCAAGGGGCCGCGUUUGGGAGCAAGGAUUCUAUUGGAGCGAAUCCGGGACUAUCAAUGGCUGGCGGAAUGGCUAGGGAUCGACCCCGACGAGCUACUAAUCCACAAGGUUCUCUCUGUUGUACCCGUUGGCAUGCUCCUUACUGACCUGGGCGUGCCACGCUCGUUAGAAUCCAGUUUGUUAGAGUCACAGCGACCGCUGCUGCUGCGCGUGGUGCUGCCUGGGUUCCGGGAGGAGGUGAAGAGGCGGCUGGUGGGUGCUGGGCUGGCGUGGACCGAAGGGAUGUUGAUCAAGACUGUGGUGUUUGAACCUAAGAGGAAUGUUGCUGUGUUUACCACAGGAGGUGGCAGUGCUGCUACAGGCGGUGAUGCUGCUGGUGCUGGUGCUGGUGGCAGUGGGACAGACGGGGGUGCGGCUGGUACUGCUGCGGCUGCUGCAGCAGCAGCAGGGAGAGCGUUGGCCAAGAAACCCAGCCACAACCGAACCAAAAGCGCAGAAGACAUGGAGGAACUAUCCCCGUUUGUGUCUCAUGCGGUACAAGAAUCGCUCACAGCAGGCGGCGGGCUUGCGAAGCAGAUUCCCCUAGAGGACAUUCUGGCAGCGACUGACUCGUGGAGCCCUGAGAGGAAGCUAGGGGAGGGCGCGUACGGCACGGUGUUCAAGGGGGUUGUUGGGCGCGGUGGGGAGGGUGGCGAUGGAGAGAUGUGGGCUGUGAAGCGGGCAGGCAAUGUGUCGGGGUCUCAUCUGGAGGAGUUUGAGAAGGAGGUGUCAUUCAUGAGUCGCAUGGCCCACCAGCAUCUCGUGCGACUCAUAGGCUUCUGGGCGGACUGCGACGAGCGGAUCCUUAUUUAUGAGUUCAUGCACAACGGCACCCUCGCAUCGCGCAUCCACCGUUCUAUGGUGCCAGCAUCCCCUACUGGAGAAGCACCCAAGAAAGCCCCCCCUCCACCUCUGUCAUUUGACGAGCGGGUGAUCAUCGCUGUGGGAGCAGCCGAGGGCCUGCGCUACCUGCACGACUUUGCGCGGCCGCCCGUGAUCCACCGCGACAUCAAAUCGGAGAAUAUCCUGCUCACAGCGGAUCUGCAGGCCAAGGUGGCGGAUUUUGGGCUGCUGAAAACGAGCGACCAAGGAGGCCCUGGGCAGCAUGUGGCGAGAACGAGGCUGAUGGGCACCCCUGGGUAUUGCGACCCGGAAUAUUCGCGGACUUACAUUGCCACGCCCAAGAGUGACGUGUACAGCUUCGGAGUGGUUCUUCUGGAGCUGGUGACGGGGCGGCGGGCCAUCCUGGCAGAGCCGAGUCAGAAGACGGGGAUGAACCUGGGCAACGUGGCGUCGCUGCUGCAGCGCUCCAAGCGCAACGCCAAAGCGAGUGUCAUGGAGCCGGGGGCCACCACCACGCUUGUGCAAUGGGCCAUUCCUCUGAUCACAGCAGGCAAGCUCAAAUCCGUAGUCGACCCGGCCCUGGAAAACAAUUACCCACCAGGAGGGAUGAAAGCGUUCGCCAAUGUGGCGGUCAUGUGCGUCCAAAAGAGUGCCGCCCAGCGGCCGACCAUGGCUGAGGUGGCGACACGCCUGUCUGCCAUCCGGCACAAGGUGCAAGACUUGCAUAUCCAAGGGGAAGAGCCCAAGUAUAACUUCCACCCCACCAUCGGACCUAGUGCCUCGGCUGGUGCUCCUGUUGCUGCUGCUGCGACGCCAAUUCCCAGAGCACAAACCGCCCCUCGGCCCAAGUCUCCAGCUCCGAAAGUGCCGCAGAAGAAGGCCGGGGAGAAGAGCGGGAGUGGGGCGGGAGCAAAGGCUAAGACAAAGGAUGCAGGCGCUGGGGAGGGGAAAGAGGCGAAGGGGAAGAAGGCGGGAGGGAAGGGGGUUACAAGGGCCAAGAGCGCGGCGCAGCCGUAUUUGGGUGCAAAGGAUGCAGUGGAGUUCAGCUCGCAACAUGUGACAAGUAAAUAUAUGGCAAUGAUGUGA